AUGUCUACCACAAAGUCCACAGCCAACCGAUAUAACUUCCUCAUGGUUUUCUUGGUUACGUUUGGCUCACUGACAUAUGGCUACAACUCGGCGAUCAUUGGAGCCGUGCUUGGGCUUGACUCGUUCUUUAAGUACUUUGGAAUUGACCUCUAUGGUUCCAACGCCGCCGAAAGCUCGCGCAUCACGGGUGCCACGAAUGGCGUUUUUGCAGCGGGUGGCCUCCUGGGCUGCAUCCUAAUGACUUGGUUGGGCGAUGCCUUUGGACGCAAGUUAGCAAUACAGAGUCUCCGCGGUAUCUCAUGGCCAAAGAUCGAUACGAAGAAGGUCUACAAGUCCUGCGUGAUCUGCACCGCGUGCCUGGUGAACAAGAUGAUAUUCUGGCACGACAAGAAUUUUAUCAGAUCCGCCAGCAACUUCAGCUUGAGCGACGAGAGGGAUGGAGACAAGGUUGGCUGA